UGUUACACUUUCUGCUGCCCCUCCAGAUAAAGCUUCCACAAUGGCAGAUUCUGACCUUUUUAAAACUCUAAUUUUUACGAUAAAUACUAUUUUACAACAAGAGAAGUACAAGGCUGCAUUGGCUGUCAUCAAAGGGUUCAGGAAUGGAGCCGUAUACGGAGUGAAAAUCAGAGCGCCACAUGCCCUGGUGAUGACGUUUCUUUUUAGAAGUGGGAGCCUGAGAGACAAAGUGAAAGCCAUUGCCCAGGCAACAUACACACACUCUCGGAACCUGGCCUGCUUCGUGUUCACCUACAAGGGGCUACAGACCCUGCAGCAGCGGCUGCAGGGGAAAGCCUGCCAGUCCCAUUCCUUCCUUGCAGCCUGCCUGGGAGGGUGGCUCGUUUUUGGGGAGAACAACAACAUCAACAGCCAGAUAAACAUGUACCUUUUGUCCCGGAUCCUGUUUGGGCUGUCGCGUCUAGCUGUGGAGAAAGGUUACAUCCCCCAGCCAAAGAAAGACCCCUUCCCCCUGUUUGCAGCACUGGUCUGGGGCAUCGUUCUGUGGCUCUUUGAGUACCACCCCCAUACUCUGCAGCCCUCGCUCCAGUCCUCCAUGAGCUACCUCUACCAUGACAGCAAUGUCUGGCACAACAUCUCUGACUUCCUUGUCUACAACAAGCCCAGAGCAGGGGCGCAGAAAUAAUGGAGCCUCAGCCCCUUCCUUUCAGGAGAGCCCACGUACCGCUAUGCUUCCAUUCCAGAUUGCAAUGGGAUAAUGGAGCUCUUAACGAAUUUACUUUAUAAACCAGCCUUUGUCCUGCAGGUACUGCUGCUAGAUCCAGUGUACUGUUUGCUUCUCCUGUAUUUUGAAGAAACAGUUAGCGAGGGACUGAAAGCUGAAGGUCACUGUUAGCAGGACUUGAUAUAGGAAUUCUAUUGCAUAGUGCUUUUACUAUGAACUUAUAACAUGCUUUUUCAGAUUCAAUUGUGGUUCAAAGUGAAACCCUGAGUGGCUAAAACUGAUAUGCAAUGUCUUAUUUUCAAACAUGUUUAGUGACGGUAGUUUUUAUUUUGUUUGAAAUAUCUUUCUGUUCAUCUUAAUGAAAACUUAAAAAAAAGAAAAAAAAUCAAAAUUCCUAACCUGAUUGAUGGUUACCAGCUUUGUUGUUGGUGCAAUUUUUUAAUUUCUAAUGCUUGUGAUUUUUUUAAAAUUAUAUUUUAAUUUAAAUGUAUUAAAGUGAACUAAUUAAUAAUAUAAUCAUAUUUACUGAAUUAGCUCACUGUUCUUAUGUUACACAAUUGAAGUUGAGGAGCUUUUUUGUCCCUGUCUGUGUACAAUGUUAAGACCAUUAUUAGAAGACCUGAACAGGGAUGGAAAUAUUGUAUAGCUGUUUGAGCCAUUCCAAGAUUUACUAUGAGUAUAAUUAGACAUCGCUUUGCUCUUCUAGUUUACUGAUGAUGAUCCUCUACUACUGUACUUUGUUUUUUGUCUUUUAUUCUAUAUCCCUGAUGACUGGGCAUUUGCAUGAAUAACCUUGGAUCAAAUGCAUGGAUGUACUGAAUACUGUUGAGAGCAAAACUUAAUACUGUAAUUUCACGUUCAAUAUGCAUAUUACUGCGCCUAACAAAUUGUAAUACUUUGCUUGUGUGGAUAUGAAGGGGUUGAACUAGCGAUAAACUAUAUAUUUACUAUUUGCUUGAUAUUAUAUAUGAAUGAGAACCUCUGAUAUCAAGAUGGCAGAACAGUGAAUGUACCCACCCUAGAGGCAGGGGAUGAGUUCAAAUGCUGUAUACAGAUUUGAGUUGUUUUAAUUUUAGUUCUGUUUUUAUUAUGCCAUUAAUUACUUCUACUCUCAUUCACCAUUAGAAUCACAAAAUAGCUUGAGCCAUAUUGAUUAAACCUGAGCUCAAACAUGCAUACUGUACUUGCACUGGCUCAAACAGCUAGGCAACUUCUAUGCAGACAUCUCUCCAAGAAGGUAUAAUGGGCCAUCAACUUCUUAGUAGAAGGAUCAUAAGUAAGAUUGGAUAGUCUGUCUUUGUCAAUAUGAAUGUUGCUUGAGCAGGUCUAAUAGGUGCACUGAGUUACUGGCAGUAAUUGCAAAAAUAUCUCUUGGGGGGGGGGGGGGGGGGGGUUGUUACAUGAAUUAAAUCUGUUAUUACCACAAGAUGUCAUGUCAUAGUGGAACAACACCAACAAUAGCAUUUGCCAUUGAUUUGACAGUGUUGCCCUAUAUAAUUACUGUAUUGUACAACACAGAAACUGUUUGCUUUUUUCCCUAAUCCCAACCAUGUUUAACACUGUAUUGAUGAUUUGUUUAAUUUCUUUUUACCACUGAUAGCAUUUCUAAAUACAUACUU